CAAGUGAUGUGGCACACAUGAAAAUAUGGAAAAAGGUGUUAGCUGCAUGUCACUUACUUUUUGCUUUUGAAUUGGAACAAUUCCUUUUCCCAAAGACUGUGUGUAAAGCGUUCAAAUCCUGUGGCAGAAGGGCUUGGAAUGGAAUCAUUUUGCUUGUGCUCGGCUUCCUGUAAUGCCACCUGCCUUUCUCUCUGCUUGAGCGCUCUGCUUUGCACUUUGGAUUCCCCAGCAGGAAUCAUAACAUCUCUCUAUAUAUUUACUUAUUGGUGCUUAAAGCAUAUACAGUGGUGGUUUUACUUGUAACUCUGGUUUUUGUCUUUUCAGUGUAUCUUUAAUUAGAAGUGCCUGCUGGCUUUCAGACAUGCUCAUCCCAGAGCCUUGCAUCCAGAAUGCGGUGCUACUUCUUCUCAAGCCUUGGUUAAUGCCAAAUUAUUUUAAGCAAAAAACAGUAAAAAGGGAGAAUCUCUUUUUAGAUUUCACCUUGUUGAAUAGUGCUGCCAGAAAUCCUGCAUUUUGUCUGAGCUGGCUUUAUGUAAUGCCAUGGUAUUACCGUGGUGGCUGGGAAGCAGAUGUGACCAAGUGCAAGUGAUGUUUGUGUUUAGUUCCUCUGUACAUAUCCAAGGGCUUCAAAGCUGAAUGACUUCUGACCUGCCAGGUCCAUAUCCCCACUGCCCCCAGGUCAGAGAUCUGCAUGAAACUGUUUUCUGCUCAAUCUCCAUGGGGAUAGGUGCUGCAAGUUGUGGCAGUGUUUCAUUCAGAUGCAGGGUCCAUUUUCCUUGUGGAGAGAUUAGUUAUGAGCAUUGCUGCACAUGUAUCCUUAGGGCAGGCAGUCCCUGUGGAUACUGUGUGGUGGGGUGAGCCACAACAGUGUGAGGGUUCUUUAUGGGCAGAGAGGAACAGAGAGUCUCACAAAUAAAGAUGUUCUGCCUCUGAGCUUGUCAGGCCUUUGAGCUGAGUGCUGUUGUGCAUUAAGCAGAGCAGAUGCUGCUGAGCGAGACAUGCUUCCCUCAGCCAUGAGGAAGGUGAACUCGAGUUUGUCUUGGUGAUUGAACAAAUUCAGGUUGUGUGGCCUCAUCCUGCCACCCUAAGACGCCUGCGCUGAAUUAUUCAUGCUGUGUUUUCUGGGAAUGCUGAGUUUGUAGGUGAAAUCCAUAAACAGCAAAGAGAGCAUGCUGGUGAAGGUGGCAUCUGCCUCUCGCUCUGUCUCGCCGGGGUGGCUGAGUGUAGCAGUAGGAGCUGCUUUUGGUAGGUGUAGCUGUGAAUUCCCACAAACACUCUGCCGUGUUGUGGUUGUUCGUGGCAGUACGAGCUCGUUGAGAAUACAAAGCACUUCAAAGGGAGGAUUCAAGGGAUGUUUCUUCAUUUAGAAUAAAAUGUAAAUACUAUGUGACCUCAAAACGGGGAAAACCUCAUCCAUGCAGUAGAAGAGGGGAAGUGCUCCCAUGCAUAGUAAAAUCAGGAACAGCUCUACAACUGCUUCCUAUUCCAAAUAGGGCACCAACAAAGCAGUAAUAACUUACAGGCUAGAAACUGCCAAGGAGUCUGACCUGCUUACACUAAAUUCGUGCUCUGGGUUCUUUCCUAGGGGAGUCCCUCUCCUUUGUCUGAUGGAAAUUAACUCGCAAGGGCUAAAGGUUGCUCUGUUCCAUUUCUGUAUGUAUUUGUGCAAAUGUGGGACCCUGAGAGACAGCAGUGCUGAAACCGAGCACGGGUAUUCCUGCUCUCAGAGGUGAAAAGCACACUCAGGAUAACAUGUAUCUGUCUCUUUAUUAGGUUUCUAAGAAUUGUUUUCCUUUGUUCCCUCUCCCAGGCGCAAUGGAAUGCAGGAAGAUGGGAUUACCCUGUGAUAAAGCUGACCCAUUGUGCUGCCUUUCAGCAUUUUCUUUAUCUCAUUUCCAGGGAAGGAACUCCCUCUCUUUCCCAUAAGGCUGUCCCUAUCCUUUUGAUGGGUUUAUACAGGAUUUCCUGCUGAGUCAAUAGCGGAGGAUUGCAGGGAGAUAGCAGUCGGGAUUCGCAGGGAGCCUGUGCUCAGCCGGAGGAGGCUCAGCCCGGCGGAGGCAGAGCAGCGCUGCCUUUUGACUUAUCCCUUGGAGCCCUCCACACAGUCCCUCCAUGUCCAUAGCCAGCAAGCAUUUCUCUCAUCAUGAGCUCUGAAUUAAACGUUCCAGUGGAUCCUUCCACUCCUGCUUGCUGCUCUGAGCCUGGCACAAAGGGCAUGGAUUAUCGGGACUGGGUCCGGCGCAGCUACCUGGAAUUGGUCACAUCCAACCACCACUCUGUCCAAGCCCUUUCCUGGAGAAAAUUGUACCUGAGCCGAGCCAAACUGAAGGCCUCCAGCAGAACCUCUGCUCUGCUCUCUGGAUUUGCAAUGGUCGCCAUGGUGGAGGUGCAGCUGGAGGUGCAGUACAAGUACCCCCAGAUGCUGCUGAUCGCCUUCAGCGCCUGCACGACCGUGCUGGUGGCCGUGCACCUCUUUGCCCUCCUCAUCAGCACCUGCAUCCUGCCCAACGUGGAGGCCGUGAGCAACAUCCACAACCUGAACUCCAUCAGCGAGUCCCCGCACGAGCGCAUGCACCCCUACAUCGAGCUGGCCUGGGGCUUCUCCACCGUCCUGGGAAUCCUCCUUUUCCUUGCUGAAGUCGUGCUCCUGUGCUGGAUAAAAUUCCUGCCAGUGGGCUCCAUCCUGAAAAACGAGACCACCAAUGUGGAGAAGCCCAGCAGCCACGCAGGGUGGCAAUCAGCACUGGUGUCCACCAUCAUCAUGGUCCCUGUGGGUCUGAUUUUUGUCGUCUUCACCAUCCACUUCUACCGCUCCUUGGUGCGGCACAAAACGGAGCGGCACAACCGCGAGAUCGAGGAGCUCCACAAACUGAAAGUGCAGCUGGAUGGGCAUGACAGAGGCAUGCAGGUGGUGUGACAGAGCCUGCACGCAGCUCAGCUAGGGCUGAGGGCAAAAUACCUGGUCUGCUGCUUGGUGAGACGCACCAGGGAUGGAUUUUCUUGAGGCUUAAAUCUGUAAAUGCUACUUGCCUGCCAUUUCUAGAUGUGGGUUCUUGUGCUGUUCCACGUGCUGGGGGCUCUGCCCUGGUUCUGGUCCCACACACUUGGUACUUAAGUCGACACUGCCAUGGUGUUCGAGGUCAAAACUUUAUCUACCUUAACACUGGUAGCCAAAAAUCUGUAUUUUUUACAAAUGCAAUAUUCUGUUGCCAAAAGUGAAACUGCUGUCCCAAAAGCCUGUGUGUGUGUGUGUAGGACCUGUCUUACAUGUCAGAACUUCCCUGGCUGUCAGUGCAGCCACAAUUAACUGGCAUCUCAUUCCUAGAGCAGAGCUGAUUAAUGUGGGUACGUGCAGCUGACUCAAGGAUAUCCAGGAAAGCACAACAGAAACUGAGAAUGUUGAUCACCAUUGUUCCAAAGCAAGUAUUCCAUAAAUACAUAAUCAGAAAGAAAACAGCCUUAGCUUUUAUGUUCUUUUCUUGCUGUUCUUUACUAUAUUUUUACAGUUUGGGAUGUAGAAUUUUGAAUUGCAGGAGGCUGGGAAGUUCUCUCGUACUUUCUUCAGCAGCAUUUGUCACCUUAGGUUGAGUAAGUGCCAAGAUCAUGUGUUUUUUCCCAAUAAGAGGCAAGAGUGCCCAGGGAAAGCCUACAGGUGUUUUAGUUUUAACAAGGACAUUCUUAAAACGGAACAGUGACAGGGAAUUUAAU